AUGUCGCCGUAUGUCAGCCGAGCAACCACUUCACUCGGUGGAGGAGAGCGCCUCCAUUUAAAACACACAUUGUGUCAGUUGGUGGCUGUGAUUCAGAUGCGUCAGUGCCUAUUAUUGCUCAUUUCUCUUUUCUUUCACCCAGCAUUCGCCAUGUUUUUAUUUUCACUUGUCGUCUGCUACUCUUCAUUUCCUUUCUUUCUCUUAACGUCUAUUCUCACUUCUUUCUUACUCUCUAUUCAUCCUUACUGCCUAAUCUCCCUUCUUUCAUAUCUUGUCUCUCUUCUGUUGUCUGUUUCCGUAUCUCUCUCGUUAUUUACUAUGCUUAUAAAAACACAGUGUCACAAAUCAUCUGAUGGAGGGUUUGUUGGUAACAAAGCCAUUUUUUCUUCUUCUUCUUCUUCUUCUUCUUCUUCUUCUUCCCUGAUGACCUACACUGGUAGAUUACUUCCGUAUUUGAACCACUUGCAAAUGACAUUCGAUUUAUCCUUCUUCCACUCAUCUCGCGUCAUUUUUGCACCGUGGAUCCCAUUCCACCCUGGGAGAACCACCCACUCACCCAUCAACUUUGCUUCCUCUUUGUCAGUGAUGAGUAAACCACACAAAGAUCGAUUUUCUGUCCAGUCCACCAUGAAAAGUUUCUAUUUAUAUCUUUCCAUUUCUCUAUCUUUUACGCCUUCCCCCUCACACUCUCUCGCUCUCUCUAUUCUCCUUCACUAUCUUCCACUGUUCGAUUUUCUUCCUCUCUCUAUCUUCUUCCAUUCUUACCCUCUCUCUCUCUCUCUCUCUUUCUCUCUCUCUUUCUCUCUCUCUUUCUCUUUGCCCGUCACUCUUUUUAUUAAUUAG